UAAGAAGACACUCAUUUCAUCAAUGACCCCAUUUAGCGAUGGUUUAUUUUGAUAAACUGUCCUGCUGGUGACCACAACACGAACUGAAUCCUUUCAGUUGAUUCAGAGAGUAGUGUGUAUUUCAUAUGACCCAUAAAAAACUUUUUGGCUUAUUUAUGUAACUUUUGUUUGAAAAUUAUGGAUAAUGGGAAUAACCCGGCCGUGGAUAGGAAACAUACUGCAUUAAAGGUGGAAAAAAAGGGCAAGUCAGAAACAAAAGCAUACACACUACACAAUGAUGGAAUUAAAAGUACCUCGACAAAUUUAAUGACACCGUCAAUCUACGAAAAUGUCGAGGACGGUACCCAGCUGUUUCAUAGAGGGGAUAGAGUAUUGGCAAAAGUAUCUGGAUAUCCAUGGUACGUUAAAUUUCGCGACAGACACUUCAAUAUUAACUCGUGUUACAGGUGGCCUGCUCAGAUUAUUCGUUAUAAGCUGAUGAACCGGGAAGGUGUAACUAUUGAAAAAUCUCCAGAGCAUUUCUAUAAAGUUCAGUUCUUCCCAAACUUAGAGUUCUCUUGGGUAAAACAAACCGGGUUAAAACCUUUGGCAAAUGAGGAUAUUGAUUAUUUUUUAAGUUCAGUGAAAAGAAAAUCAAAAGUUUUACAAGAAGCUUAUAAAGCAGCGUGUGAGCCACCUUAUAUUGAAAGUGAGGAAUCGACCGAAGAGGAAGGAGACCUGGACGAAAAUAACCGCUCAGAAAGGGAUACCUAUUUAUUAAAUAAACGUAAAAGGAACGAAUUUGAGGACCUUUCUACGAAAACGGAUGCAGAUCGUUUCAAUCCAUUAAGUACAAUAUCGUCAAUAUCAGAAAUGUACGGAAACCUAUCGUCGUCUAAACUUAACUCUACAGAUUUGAAAUGGGCUACAAAUAAUAGUAAGACAGGCUACAAAAACAAUUGCUCCCGUUGGGAUCUCAAUCAAAGAAAGCGAUUGUCACCCUUAAACACUGCGACCAGCGAAAUUAAAACUUUGGUACAGCGUCUACUAUACUUUCGUUUUAAACUGCAAAAACUCUUUCUAUCAUCGAAUAGUAAUUUUGAAGAAGAAAAUUUGUAUCGCGCGAAAGAAUACUUGAAGGAAAUUGAAGAGUUUCCAUAUCUUAACUAUGAGAUGAUUAUUACAACGAAGAUAGCCAAGGUCUUGAAACGAAUAGCAUUAAGGGAUGAAUUACAAAAAGAAGAACUACUUUCUAUUCGAGGACAAUGUAAAGACAUUCUUUUUAGUUGGAAACACAAUCUUUCCAAUACAGCUUGAAAUGAAUAGUUUAUGAAAACUAGGAAAUUGAUCCAAACUAAAAUAUGCACAUUACGAAUAAGCACUUGUAUAAAUAACCUGUAUCAGGUAAUAAGCACUAUUCAUUUUAUAAUAGUGAUAACAAUUAUUCGUUAGAUCUGAGCCUAAGAUGAGGAAGAAUAAGAAACGAUACAUGAAACAUUGGGUCUGAGCUCCUCUUCGUAUACAAUCACUCGAAAGACCGGUUCUUCAAAACAUUAUUAACAAUUACUCUUACUUCUACAUAAGCAAAUUAAGCACGCAAGGAAUCAACUUGUUACCUAUAUUAGUUCACUUGAUCAUUUUAUUUCUUGAGAUGUUUACUCUUCUUCAGCUUCUUCAGCGCCUUCACCACCCUCUUGUUGAGCGCGGAGGUGCUUUCUCUUGCAGCGACCAGGGCGGCCACCACCGUAAGGAGAGGUAAGGGCAAAGUCAAUGUGCUUUUGAGAGUCCAAACGGACAACGAAAGAGGGGACAUUGACAAUUUGCUUACCAACACGGAUGUGACGUUGGUAGAUCAAGACACGAGCGUGGUGGAUAGACUUAGCCAAACCAAGCUUGAAAACUUGAGUUUGCAAACGACGCUCCAAAAAGUCUUCAAGACGAAGAGCCAAGACAUAAUCAAGCUUCAUACGGGUCUCGUCCAAGAUACCCAAACGAACAAGACGACGAAUGAUGGCAUUACCCUCAAAGAGACGCUUAGGGUCCUUCUCGUCAAGAGUCAAAAGCUCACGAGCAGCACGACGGAUCUUAGAGAGAGUAAGGGCGACACGCCAGAUUUCGUGCUUGUUUCUCAAACCAUAUUCACCAGCAAGCUUGAGUUCAGCAUCAAGACGAGCUGACUCGAAGGGACGGCUAGGCACCUUGUAGGUCUUGGAUUGCUUACGAGGAGCAGAAGGCAUACUUGGUUUGGUGAUUUGCGCAGAGGCGAUUUUCUGAGUUUCUGUUUAGGCCCGUGACAGUGACGGCUUUUUUGUCUUACAGAAAGAGGUAGGGUAGGGUUGGGUUUAUUGUUUAGGUAACAUCCCAAGUAUCAAAGUCAAGCUUUUCCAAAAUUUUACAGCAGGAAGCGAAACUUCAGGUAGAGAAAC